UCUUCUCCCUUAACUUUCCCUGCGUCAUCCCCUCAAAAAAAACCCUUUCUCUUCGUCGGUGGUUCUAGCCUCCUCGCCAGAGGCCACCUAUUAGCUUGCUCGGCCGUUGGUUCCAAGGAAAAACUUAGCUUGCUCGCGCCGGUGGUUUCAAGAAAGAAAGUUGCUCGCGUCCUAUUUUCCGUCAACCUCUUCGCCGCGGCUACCUGUCCCCUCUUUUAGGUUUGCUCGAUUCGUUUACCUGAUUUUUGUUUUAAGAAUUAGGGUUUUAAAAAUCAGAUCCUAAAGUGACGCGCCAAAUUUAGAAGCGAGAGAGAAAGAGAUUUAAUGGAAAAGGGAAUUGGGGAAGAAAAGGGUUUGGGUUGGCGCAGAGAUGCCCAUCGUCUAACUCGAAUAAAUGCACAUGAAUUCGACACCGGGAAGAAAUCCAGGUACAGUUUUUAUCAUCAUUCUGCCUUUUGAUUUCGAUUCCAAUUUCACAACUAGGUUUUGGUAUUGUAGAUGUCGAGUUGCAAUUUCUAAUCAAUUGGAAUUGCGGAACUUGAUUUUGGUGGAUUCAUAUAUUUAAUUUUUUUUGUUUGUUUGAGUCCUAUUCUUGAUGUGCGGAAAAGGAAGGCGGUUCGAUUGAGCAAAGAUGUCGACUCCAAACGUCGCCAAAUUAACAAUGGGCUGUCGUUCAUAGAGCUAAGAACUCAAAAUAUUCAGCUGAUGAGGAUAUGGAGGAGACAGAUGUUAAAGAUCCAAAUUUAAAGCAAUCUCUGGAGUCUGCUACUUCUCAGAUUAGCCAGCUAGCUCUUUCUAAUAGUCCUACUGGUGUUGCCAAUCUUGCAGCUGUUUUUCUGUUCCCGCUUUUCAUAAAUUAUUUUCAGAUGGCUGUCACUGGAGCAGCCACUGCCACUGUUGUGUCUCAAUACAUAGGUAGCUUCUUGAUGAUUUGGUUUCUUAGCAAGAGAGUAAUAUUAUUACCUCCAAAAUUUGGAGAUCUGAAGUUUGGGGUCUAUUUAAAAUCUGGUGGAUUUCUGAUUGGAAGAACUGUGGCUGUUUUGAUAACUAUGACGAUUGGGACCUCGAUGGCUGCUCGUCAAGGUCCUCUAGCUAUGGCUGCUCAUCAAAUCUGUAUGCAAGUGUGGUUGGCUGUCUCUCUUUUAACUGAUGGAUUGGCCGCAUCUGGUCAGGUCUACACUCCGAGGAAUGCGCCUAUACUAGUGAGGAAAUUGAUGUGGUUCGUGAGCAACGGGCUAAGUGUUUUACCCGCAAGUAUUUACUAUUGGCUUGAGCGCGCUUGAUCGAGGUGGUUUAGUUGUUAUAGAACAAUCGUUUCCAUUAAAAUGUAUGCGUACAUUGAAAUUGGAACGUAUAUUUGAAUGUAG